AUGCCCAAACGCAAACGCGAAGACACCUCCCUCCCCGCGCUCCUCUCCAAGCACCGACACCUCCUCUACCAAGCCUUGAAAACCGCCAAAGGCUUUGAGCGCCAGCGUCAAUCGAAGCGCCUUCGCGAUCCUAAAUCGACCCCGGACAAAAAAGUACGCAUUGAGAAGGAAGUUGUUGUGCUGAAGUCCCUUGACCUACGCCAAGCAGCGCACGCACACCUAUGCCACUCCCUCCUGCGCAUCAAGGGUAUUGCCGAGAGCGACAAGCUGCCUGAAGAGUUCAAGGCGGGCGUGCCGAAGCCGCAAUUAGAAGAGGAAGAGAGAGUUUUGUUACAUAAUGUGACGAGUAAUCUGUAUAAUCGGAAGCCGGUCAUUCAGGCGAUUGAUCGGGCUGUGGAAGAGGUGUGCAAGGCCAUUGGCGUGCCGGUGCCAGAGAAGAAGAGAGGAAAGAAAGGGGUUAAAGAUGAGGGGGAGAAGAAUGGUGCUGUGAAAGUUGAAGAAGAGGAGAAGAAGGAUAAGAAAGAGAAGAAGGAUAACGAUAAAAAGGAGGAAAAGGAUAAGGAAAAGAAAAGUAAAGACAAAGAGGAUAAGAAAAGAGAACAGGAGAAGGAGAAGAGAAAGGAUAAAUAUAAGAAGGAUAAUAAGAGGAAAGACUCCGACUCUGACUCUGAACCAGACUCUGACGACGAGCCCGAACAACCCGAGAUCGACGAGUCCGAGGAAGAGCGCGCCGUCAACGAGCUGGACAAGAUGUUGGGUCUGGCAUCCGACGAGAGUGAAGACGAGGGAUCUGAAGAAGAUAUACUGGUCAAAGGCGGCAGGAGACGAGCAGACCUGGACCCCAACGAGAUCACAACCGAUGAAGAAGACUCCGAGUCAGAGAACCUGGAUCCAAACGAGAUUACGGAUAAGAGCAGCGACAGCGAAGAGUCUUUCGCAGGCUUUAGCGACGCCCAGCCGGAAGGCCCUAGCUCAGAGAGCUCAGAGAGCCAAUCCGAUUCAUCAUCAGACUCCGAAUCCUCGGCUUCCGAAUCUAAAUCCGAAUCCCACUCCGACUCGGAUUCUUCAUCCAGCUCAUCUUCAUCAUCCUCCCGACCCUCCAAGAAGCGUAAACACGACACCUCCAAAACAACCCGUCUCCGUCCCACAGACUCCACCUUCCUGCCUACGUUGAUGGGCGGGUACAUCUCCGGCUCCGAAUCCGAAGCCUCCGACCUGGACAUCGCGCCGCGCAGAAAGAACCGGCGAGGCCAGCGUGCAAGGCAAAAGAUUUGGGAGAAGAAGUACGGUGAGCAAGCCAGGCACCUACAAAAGAAGCGCGCUGAGGAGGAGGCGAAGAAGAAGGGGAGGGAUGCAGGAUGGGAUUUGCGACGCGGUGCCGUGGGCGAGGAUGGGGUUAAGCCUUGGAAGAAGGGGAUCAAGAAUCCGUUGAAGGAGAAGGAGGGCCAAGGGGAGAAAAAGGAAGAGGGUAAGAAGGAGGAGGGGGGCAAGAAGGGCGGUUUCGGCAAGCAUCAAAGGGGAGGAGAUAAUAAUAAGAAGAGGGAUGAUACCGGCCCAUUGCAUCCCAGCUGGGAGGCGAAGAAAAAGCUGAAAGAGAAGGAGAAGCUUACAGCGCCAUGCCAUGCCAUCUGCGAGAACCUCGACAAUUCUGGCUCUGACUUUGACUCUGACGAUGAUGACACCAAGUCCGAAUCGAGUUCCGACUUAGAUCUUGACAUUGACCUCGACGAUGCCCUGCUGGAUAAAGUAGCUCCCCAGAUACGGCGAUCAACCUCGAGAAUUCCGACUCUGACUCCGACCCUGAAUCCUGGCAUGGAUCUCGAUAAGGCCAACGACGACGAGGGAUCGAGGUAUGAUUCGGAAAGAGAUAACGACACCGACUCUGGCGAGUCCAGCGAUGACCACUCUGGUUGA